UGAAGUCUAACUCUGAAACUGACUCGCGGCAAUAAAACAUGGAAAAGACUGAUAAGUCCAGCAGGGUUACCUGACAGAGCUGAAACACAGAGCUGAAGCACACACAGGCUCAGCGGCUCUGCUCUGCCCCGGUACGGACCCCAAGGACCAGACGAAGACCAAGAACCAGAACCAGAGAAGAAGAAGGAGAAGAAGAAGGAGUGACGCUGCUGACAGACUGCAGCAACUAACAAAGAGUGAUGUCUUGGGUGAAGGACCGCCGGGAGUCUCUCCCCAUCACCCAUCAGGCUGUGCGGCGGCGUUUUUCGGGGCCGCUGCUCCUUCCUCCGCUGUGGAGGCGACACUCGUGUCAGGAGCGGCCGUGUGAUGCCCGCCGGCCAUCCGCCACCCACAACCUGCCGCUGGACCGACUGGAGGUGCUGUACAGGAGAGCACUGGCCAGCCAUGACGAACACCGUUUUGAUGUGGAGAAUGGCCUGUCAGUGGGUCGCAGUCCUCUGGACUCUCAGACGAGCCCGGGUUCUGGUCUGGUUCUUCAGGCCAACUUCCCCCACAGUCAGCGCCGCGAGUCCUUCCUCUACCGCUCCGACUCCGACUUUGACCUUUCACCCAAAGCUAUGUCCCGCAACUCGUCUACUGCCAGCGACCUGGAGGAGGGAUUGAAGCAUUGGGAAGUCAAUUGGCUACCUCGACAUGGAGAAGACAUGAUCGUGACUCCGUUUGCACAGGUUCUUGCAAGUUUACGGACGGUGAGGAGUAACUUUGCGGCUCUGACACAUCUGCAGGAUCGAGUGGGAAACAAGCGUCCGUCGAGCACCAACCAGCCGUCCAUGUGUAAGCCCUGCCUCACCGAGGAGCCCUACCAGAAGCUGGCCAUGGAGACGCUGGAGGAGCUGGACUGGUGUCUGGACCAGCUGGAGACGCUUCAGACCAGACACUCGGUCAGCGAGAUGGCGUCCAAUAAGUUUAAGAGGAUGCUGAAUCGUGAGCUGACGCAGCUGUCAGAGACGAGUCGCUCAGGGAAUCAGGUGUCAGAGUUCAUUGCCAGCACUUUCCUCGAAAAGCAACAUGAUGUGGAGAUUUUGUCUCCGCCGUCGAAGGAGAAGGAGAAGAAGAAGAGGCCCAUGUCCCAGAUCAGCGGCGUGAAGAAGGUGACUCAGAGCCCCAGUUUGGCGCCGACCUGCAUCCCUCGCUUCGGCGUCAGCACGCCACACGAGAGCCUACUGUCCAAGGAGAUCGAGGACAUCAACCGCUGGGGUCUGGACAUAUUUAAGAUAGCAGAGUUUUCUGGAAACCGCCCUCUGACGGUCAUCAUGUACUCCAUCUUCCAGGAGCGAGACUUACUAAAGACCUUUAAAAUCCCCACGGACACCUUCAUCACCUUCAUGAUGACCCUGGAGGACCACUACCACGCCGACGUGGCCUAUCACAACAACAUCCAUGCGGCCGACGUGGUUCAGUCCACCCACGUCCUUCUGUCCACGCCGGCCCUGGAGGCGGUGUUUACAGACCUGGAGAUCAUGGCUGUCCUUUUCGCCAGCGCCAUCCAUGACGUUGACCACCCGGGGGUCACCAACCAGUUCCUCAUCAACACCAGUUCAGAGCUGGCGCUGAUGUACAACGAUGCCUCGGUGUUGGAGAACCACCACCUCGCCGUGGGCUUUAAACUGCUCCAAGAGGAGAACUGUGACAUUUUCCAAAACCUCGGCAAGAAACAGAGAGACUCGCUCCGUAAAAUGGUCAUCGACAUGGUGUUGGCCACAGACAUGUCCAAACACAUGAACUUCUUGGCGGACAUGAAGACGAUGGUGGAGACGAAGAAGGUGACCAGUCUGGGAGUUCUGCUGCUCGACAACUACUCUGACCGCAUCCAGGUUCUGCAGAACAUGGUCCACUGUGCCGACCUCAGCAACCCGACCAAACCGCUGGAGCUUUAUCGGCAGUGGACAGACCGCAUCAUGGUGGAGUUCUUCACCCAGGGAGACCGGGAGCGAGAUAAAGGCAUGGAGAUCAGCCCCAUGUGUGACAAACACAACGCCUCCAUAGAGAAGAGCCAGGUGGGGUUCAUCGACUACAUCGUCCACCCGCUGUGGGAGACGUGGGCGGACCUGGUCCACCCUGACGCUCAGGACAUCCUGGACACUCUGGAGGACAAUAGGGAGUGGUACCAGAGCAUGAUCCCCCGCAGCCCCUCGCCAUCCAACCCAGAGGAGCCCCGCGGCGAGACGGGCGGCGCUGUCGGGGCAGGCGGGCCUGUCCCUGCAGGGGGAGGGGGCGGAGGAGGAGGGGGCGGGGACAAGUUCCAGUUUGAACUUACCCUGGAGGAAGAAGAGGAAGGCGAGGAGGAGGAGCUGGAGUCGGACCUGGAGAGCCCCUUUGAGGAGGAUCUGCAGUCGGGGGGGGAGCGCCACCGGGACUCCUCCUCCCCGUCGUUGUCGCCGGACCCCCGUAGCAGCACUAGGUACCGCCCGCCUUCGCCGCACCCGUCUCGAGCCCUGAGCCUGGCGGCCAUGUCGGUGCGGAGUCCCCACCCCUACCGGACGCUGGCCUCCUCGGGGCGGGACGGCGCCGAGCGGGACAGGGAGCUGAGCCAGGAGGGAGAGGGCGUGGCCUGUCUGCGACUGGGCACGUAACGGCCGGCCCACCUGCCCUGACGGACAGACACGAGGGCGGGGUUUGUCGGGAGACGGACACAGUUCAGGCUUUUACCAGUAACGUCUGUAAAAUCACCACAGUCCCUUUACACUGGAGGCCAGAGGACGGCGCCCUCUGGAUUCUUUUCUUUUUUACCGACAGAGAAUGGGCGGAGCCUCCUUCGGUGCCUAAAAGGCCUCUGUGUCCCGUCCUCCGCUGUUGUAGCUGCAGUUCAGAGUGUCCCAAACAAAAAGAAAUAAUAAAAAAAAACAAAC